GCCAAACGCAAUCCAAAACAAGAUUUCGGCUGACGACAAAUUUGUUGUGAUAAUCCCGAAAAUGUUGACGCUUAACAACGGUUUAUCCGUUCCACCGAUCGGUCUCGGAACAUACAAAAUUGCCGACAGUGAUGGUGUUGCGGCCAUAAAAACUGCCGUACGUGUCGGAUAUCGGCUAUUCGACACCGCAUUCGUUUACGGGAAUGAACACAUACUCGGACAAGCAUUCCGGGAAAUGUUUGCUCAAGGUGACAUAAAACGCGAAGAGCUCUUCGUGGUGUCCAAGCUGGGUCCAACCUUUCAUCGGUCGGAAGCGGUCGAGCGGGGAUGCCGCCUCUCGUUGGAACGUCUCGGAUUGGACCACUUGGAUUUGUAUCUGAUGCAUACGCCGGUGGCCGCUAGAGAUUUGGGUGCUGGGAAUGACCGCUCGGAGAUUGAUGACGAAGUUAGUCCAGUGGAAACGUGGAAGGCACUGGAGGAGUGCCACCGAAAGGGAUUGGUGAGAUCGAUUGGGGUUUCCAAUUUCAAUGAGGAACAACUGGAGGAAAUUGUGAAUCUAGGCAGCAUAAAGCCUGUGGUUAACCAAGUUGAAUGCUCGAUUGGAUUCCAUCAGGCGGAUUUGCGUAGAUUUUGCGACAAGGAGGAUAUAAAAAUUAUGGCAUAUAGUCCGCUGGGCAAGCCGAAAUUCGGAAAGGAUCAUCCAUUUCUGCAGUCGGGUGUUCUGAAACAGAUGUCUGAAAAUUACGGACGAAGUCCAGCUCAAAUUUCACUGAGAUAUUUAAUCGAAAUAGGCACCAUUCCAAUACCGAAGUCCUCCAAUGUAGAUAGAAUGAUGGAAAAUCUGGAUGUUCUAAGCUUCAAACUGGACAAAGGUGAUAUUGAAAAGUUGGAAUCGUUAGUUGAACAAAAGCGAUCUAUGAACCUGGAUUGGUUAAAAGCUUCGAAAUAUUAUCCGUUUUGAAUUAGGCGUUAAAUUGGCAGAUCUAAAUGAUGAAUGAGAUUAUUUAACUCUAAACCUAAUUUGAAAUGAAAUCGAUGAAUAAAUUGUCAGUUCAACG